AUGCCGGCGCUCCAGUCUCUUAUUACUGAUGCAUUCCAUGGUAAAGGAUUUCAGAUGCUAGAAGAGUAUCUUCAGGAGAAAGUGAGCCACUUGCCUCAAAAAUAUAGCCAUCCUCUACUGCACCAUCUAGACAGAUCAGUAAAUAAGGAGCUGGAUCAAAAAGAAUUUCAGCAUGUUUCACUGCUGCUGAAAUGUGUUCAGAGAUUCUUCAACGAUGACCUGGAUGAAGAUGAACCCUUGCUAAUUCAGCAGGGACUGAUCCAAAAGAUGGUUUCCUGGUUUGCAACAACAAUGGGAUUUCUGACCACUGAAGUCCUAGCCUUGGAUACAACACUAAUCAAUGCCAUCGAAGACUUUUUUGAUACUGCACUGAUCAUUUCCAGACGUAGCAGUAAAGGAACAGUUCAGAUGCUGGAUUCCUUCCUACUUCGCUUAGGGUUCCUGGUGACAGAAGGCAGGGUGAAGCACUCCGUUCAGCAGGAGGCUCUGAGUACUUUGAACUGCAUUUUGAACGCUGCGCCUUGGGAAGAGAGACAAAGGCUGUCUUUGGCAGAAGGCAUGUGCUGUCUUAUGAAAGAAUUUUCAAGGACGAUUUUGACCGUGGGUGAUUAUGACCAGCAGGUUGCUAUCUCAGAGGCAUUAUGUCGAAUGACAACUAAAACAUCAAGGGAUGAUCUCGUCCUUCAGUGGUUUGAUGAUGAGGUCCUAGCUGAUGCUUUCAAAGAAAUUAGGAAUCGGGAAUUUGAGACGGACUGUCGGCGAUUUCUCAAUCUCUUGAACAACAGACUUGGUGACCAGAGAAGGGUCUGUUCAUUUCCAUGUGUUGCUGCUUUUGCUGAUUCUCAUGAGAUGAGAAAACCAGCAGAUGAAAAAUUAGAGGAAUUUUGGAUUGAUUUCAACCUAGGAAGCCAGAGCGUGACUUUUUACAUAGAUAAUGCUGAGAGCCCUCUGUGGGUACCAGUAAGACUUUUGAAGGAAGCAGUGGCUAACUUCAGCAUCUUAGAAAAUGACGGGAUGAAGAGGCUUGUUAUUAACCUGCAGCAACCUAUUGUUAUCAGUCAGAAAGAAGCGACUAAAAUAGAAAUCCAUUUUGAUUCACGACUCAACAUAUCACAAGCUUCUGUUGGAGCUUUGGGAGAAGACAAACAGGUGACACCUGAUCUGUUGCAAAUCUCUGAACGUUUACAUGAGUUUGAAAAAGGAGAUGACAAGACUCCCAGUAGUCACGAAAGAGAAACAGAGCUGGCAGAAGAAGCCACCCCCCUGAUGGGGUCCAUGGGCCCUGAAGAUGAUCAUUGCCUAAUAACUCUCCGCUUAAAUGACCAGUCAGAGCCUGCUUUGUACACAAAUGUGGUCAGAGCCUCCUUUCAAGGUUCUAAGUGGCCGUCUGUUUUGGAAAAGUUUAAUUACAGGAAACAUCUCUUCUCUGAAUCUAGUCAAGAUUCAAGUUCAGAUGUCAGUGAACGAUCUUGGACCAGGAACCCAAAAAGGAAAUCCCUAAAAUCAUAUUCUCGGAGGAGAAAGUUGAGAGUCAGUGCUCUAAGAAUCUUGCCGCUUUCCCCAGGCAGUGACCGUGAGAAAGACCAAGCUGACCUAAAACCAGAAUGGAAAGGCAUCUCCAGGCAAAAUGAUACUUCUUCUCCAAAACUUUCUGAAACAAAACUACCAGGUAGUUCUGCCCUUUUAACUCCUGAGUAUUCUGCCAGGAAAAUAGUACAUUCAGAAGUUGAAGAAAAUGUACCUCAGAUUGUGAACCAAGAUUCAUUCAUGGAAAACAGUAGCUUCAAACACAAGGUAGAAAACAGAGACAUUUAUACCCCACCCUUAGAAGAUGUGCCAGAGACCUUGAAGGAUUCUGCUUUAAUGAUGGCCUUUGCAAACUUUACCAGAGAACUGAAAAGAAAAUAUGAGGUUUCGCUUACUCAGAAAGACAUUCCACUCUAUUCAGAAAAGGCAAAGAAAGUACCAGAUUGCCUUGUAAAACUUUGGAACCGGAUAGACCUGUGCAGACUGAACAGGCUAGAGAAGUUUCACAGUUCUGUUCUUCAGGAGUUGAACAACCUUGAGAAGGAUAUGCAGGCUCUCAAACACCUUGAGAAAGAUGCUCUGGCCAGCCUGGUCUACAUACUGAAAUUCCAAUCCUACAAUUAG